AUGGAUCCUUUUAACUUUAACUCUCCCGGGUUGGUUAACCUACUAGUCUCUCAGAGCAGUCAAACAAUAGACUUAGGGUGUUCUGAGGUUCCUAAACCGGCGUCAAAGCGAAAGUGGACAACCAAAGAAGACGUUGUCUUGAUCAGUGCUUGGUUGAACACCAGCAAUGAUCCAAUCGUGAGUAACGAGCAGAAGGCAGGCACGUUUUGGAAGCGCAUAGAGGAGUAUGUCAAUGCUAGUCCUCUGCUCAUUGGCUCCAUUCCUAGGGAGUGGAGUCAAUGUAAGCAGAGGUGGGGAAGGGUUAAUGAGCAGGUCUGCAAGUUUUUUGGAAGCCAUGAAGCCGCGCUGAAGGAGCAAGCGAGUGGGCAAAAUGAGAAUGAUGUCAUGAAGGCUGCCCAUGACAUCUUCUUUAACGACUAUCUUGUCAAGUUCAGUAUGGAACAUUGUUGGAGGGAGCUUAGGUUUGAUCAAAAAUGGAGAUCACACUCAUUCUCGAAAGAUGGUGCAAAGGAGAAAAGGAAGGAACCGGCAGAGGAGGUUCCUGUGGACCAAGAUGUUAGGCCUCCUGGCGUUAAGGCUAGCAAAGCAGCCAAACGCAAGAAGCACACGAAUGAAGCAGCUUUUGAUCAGAUAGAGAGCAUAUUAGCUGCGAAAAAUACUAUAUCCAAACAGAAAAUCCUUGAUCGCUUGCUAGCAAAAACUGAAGCUACACUUUCUCCACAAGAAGUGUUUGCAGGUUUGCAGGUCACGGGUUGCGAUAGGUGGAUGCGUGCGUGUGGACGUGUUGUUAGUAGGUCUCGGCUUCUUUUGGUAUCAGGUCACGGGUUCUCUGUUUGA